CCCGCCCCUCACGCCCGCAACCCCCCCGCCCAGCCGCUGCGCCGAGAAGAUGGCGGCGCCGGGCGAGUACUUCAGCGUGGGCAGCCAGGUCUCCUGCCGCACCUGCCAGGAGCAGCGCCUGCAGGGCGAGGUCGUCGCCUUCGACUACCCCAGCAAGAUGCUGGCUCUUAAAUGCCCAUCUUCCAGCGGAAAGCCCAAUCACGCAGAUAUCCUGCUUGUAAACUUACAGUAUGUUUCAGAAGUGGAAAUAAUCAAUGACCGCACGGAAACGCCUCCUCCUUUAGCCUCACUCAACGUUAGCAAGCUCGCCAACAAAGCUCGGACGGAGAAGGAAGAGAAGAUGAGCCAGGCGUAUGCAAUUAGUGCUGGUGUCUCCCUGGAGGGACAGCAGCUCUUCCAGACUAUACACAAGACCAUUAAAGACUGUAAAUGGCAGGAGAAAAACAUAGUUGUGAUGGAAGAAGUCGUUAUUGCCCCUCCCUAUCAAGUGGAAAACUGUAAAGGCAAAGAGGGGAGCGCGCUGAGUCACGUACGCAAAAUAGUGGAGAAGCACUUCCGCGACGCGGAGAGCCAGAAGGUGCUGCAGCGUUCCCAAGCCCCGCCGACACAGAAGGAGACGUCCCUCUCGUCCUGAGGCCGCCAUGUGCCGGGGUCCCCCUGCCCUCCCCUUGCCAGGGUGGCCGCGGCAGAGGGCGGGGGGGGACACCUUUUAUCCCCCGAUCAAGCUCAUUACCGGGGAGGGGCCCCCCCCCCCCCCCCCCCGAUUCCAGACCUUAGACUUUAAUCCAACGAGAAAAGAGAAUAAUUUAAACUCACGAUUACCUGACUAACCGCAUUCUUUGCUGCCACAUCCCACCCACCGCGCAGACCCCUCGCUUACAGGUUUUGCCCUCUUUUUUUUCCUUCUCUCCCCACCUCCCCCCCCCUUUGCAGAAGGGGCCCCUUUCCCCCCCAACCCUUAGUGUGUGGGGGGGGGCUGUGGUGGCUGAGCCGGGACCCUGUGACCAGUGCGGCCUCCUUUUCAUUGGUUUGCACAGGGCAAGGCUUGAAUUUCUCUCUAUUUUUUGUCUCUUUGACUCCCUGGGUCUUUAUGGAAACCCGGGGUCGUGGCAGACCCCCCGAUCUGCAGCCCCCCGGGCAUGGAUGGGGUUUCCCCCUUUUUAUUUUUCCAUUUUUCCCCAUUUCUGCCUCUUUUUGAAGUUUUCCUUCCCCCUGUGGCCGCGCCCCCUCCGCCCCCGUUUUGUUUUUAAAGAACGGGCCGGGGCCCGGUUCCCGCCCUGCCUCGGGAGGAGGGAAACGUGGAGAAAAAAAAAGAUUUAAAA